AUGUAUGCCCUUAAUCCACCCUCUCCUCGCUGCAAAGCUAACAGAACAGGCUUCCUCGCCAAAUCCUGGCACAUAACUUCUAGAGGCAUGUUCGCAGGCUCCUGCAUCGGCGUCAUCUGUCUCGUCCUUUGUCUCGAAUUUCUCCGUCGCGCCGGCAGAGAAUAUGAUUCUCUCAUCGUUCGCAAGGCCCGUCUGAGACAAGCUUCCUCUGAACCUCUACUGGCAGACAGUACUUGCGACAACGCUUGUCCCGCUGAAAACAACAUCAUCAACCCUAUCGACACCCGGAAGCAAGCUACCUCUGCGCCUGCUAAUGCUUCUGCUCCGUGUUUGACUCCGUACCGUCCCUCGCUGAUCGAGCAUACUAUUCGCUCUCUGCUGCAUAUGGUUCAGUUUGCUGUGGCAUACUUCAUUAUGCUACUGGCCAUGUACUACAAUGGCUACAUUAUCAUUUGUAUCUUCAUCGGCGCGUUCCUGGGUGCGUUUAUCUUUGCGUGGGAACCUAUUGAUCUGACUAAGGGGUGA